AUGAGUCAUUACAUACGUGUAGAAGUAGUGGCAGGUCCCUGGCUGUGCUUCCUGCUCCUCCUGGGGGUUCCCACUCUGGGGGCCGCUGUUUUCGGGGGGAAGGAGAAUGUGCCAGUGUCAGACCCAGACGUCCAGCAGGCUGCACAAGUAGCCGUAGAGACCUUCAACAACCGCAAUAAUUGCAUGUACUACAGCCGAGUGCUGCAGGUGCUGAGCACCCAGAGACAGGUGAAUCGUGCCUGGGUCAUACUACAUCUGACCAUGGAGCUGGUGGAAACAUUGUGCAGGAAAAACCAGGGUGGAGCCGUGGAUCUCAGCAAGUGCCCCCUGCCGCCCCCACCCCAGCAGAAGAAAGUGUGCUGUGAGUUCCAGAUCUGGUCUCAGCCCUGGAUCGAGAGGACACAGAUAGACUUUCACUGCAAUUCGGGCUGUCACUGAGCCCUGUUCUUGCUAAUGCCAAGAUGUCUGUGAACACAACAUCAGCUCCACAAACAAAGCUUCACAAGAGACAGACUGGCUCCCUCUUGCACUUCUUUUCUCUACUUUCAGCUCCACCUUAUUCCCAGCACGUGGCAGGAGAUCAGUGUCUUGAAUCCAAAUUGGGGCUAGAAAUCAACCAAUUCCUCUGCUUCCCCACUGAUUUCUAAUCCCUGUUUAAUGACAAAACUGAAGCCUCUGGGCUCUUUCUGUUACUGCUGGGUCUUGGACCUGCUUCACUAGCAGCA